AUGUUAACCCAGCCACGCGGCAAUCUCCACGAGCGACACCGGCAACACCGACGGCAGAUCUCGACUCCCUCUGCUCUUGAGGCCGCGAAAGCACCCAGCCUCCCCGCGCAGGCAUUGCAGCGAUACCAUGCCCACCGGAGAGGCCAGAGCUUCGACCAGAGAUCUCUACAUAACCGGCGGCCGCAGUCCGUGCAAGAUGGUUCCCUUUCAAUUACUAACACAACAGUACCGCAACAGCAUCAGCCCAUGCCUGUGAUGUCCGAAUGCGCGAGUUAUAGUCAAGAACAAGUCCAGGCAUUCGCAAACCGCAGUGGCUCGACGCACCAACCGAGAAUGCCUUACAUGAACCCUGCCUAUGUCAAGAUGGGAGACCAGGGUCUCGAAGAUCGCCCUGUGAACAACACCUUCAAUGGGCUUCAACAACCACAGUUUCAGCAGUCGAAAGUUCCGUGUGGUAGUGCGAUGAAUGACCAGCAAUUUCUGGAUCAUGGCGCGUGGGAUAUGUUUCAACAAGAUAUGAUGGCUUCUGGCCUCCAGCAGCAACAGCCCAACGCCAUUCCAGCCGAUAUGAGACGGCUCUCUGUGCAGUCAGACCUCAAUCUCGCACAACAACCGCAUACGCCGAAGCCGACUCCCGCAGAGUACCUUCCCAUCACACCAGCAACAACACCGUUUAAUAAGUCAGUGGAUAUUGCCCGAUACGAUGUGCAGCCAAGUCCGACCAAGCAUCAGAGAUUUUCUGUCCCUAGCUCGGCCCAGGCCGCGUACAUGCAGCGUGCCAGGUCGCUUCAAGGAGUGGCCGGAACAUCCUUUUCUCAGCCUAGAAUUGAUAUGCCUUCCCCCCCAAACACAGCGUCGUUUGACGUGGAGAGUUUUGAUGCAUUUGACUGUCAGCAGGGUUCUAGUUUCGAAGUUCCAAUGUCUGAUAAUUCGUCCCGGAGUCAUUAUGCCUCGUCAUCGGUCGCCUCGUCGUUUAUGUCGUCCCCAGAACUGGUCGCCAUGCCCUUGCCUCCCGACGAUGAAAAGCCGCAAAAGGUCCCAAUCCUGCCAGCCACGCCCAGCCGUGCAACCCCAAAGAAGGCUAUGAGCACGUCAUCGAGUGCCUCUACCUCCAAGUCCAAGCUUUCCCCCAAGGCAGCCUCGAUCGACAAUCUCAAUCUCGACGACAGGGUCCAUGCCUCGAUCAAGGAAACUGGUGUCACCAUCGAUGAGAUCGCGGCGUACAUCCAAGGCCCCGACCCAGAGGAUGGGAAAUGGAUGUGCCUCCACCCGGGCUGCGAAAGGCGGUUUGGAAGGAAAGAAAACAUCAAGUCCCAUGUCCAGACCCAUCUGGGUGACCGUCAGUACAAGUGUGACCACUGCAACAAGUGUUUCGUUCGUGGCCAUGACCUUAAGCGCCACGCCAAAAUCCACACUGGAGACAAGCCUUACGAAUGCUUGUGCGGGAACGUGUUUGCGAGACAUGAUGCCUUGACCCGGCACCGACAGCGGGGCAUGUGCAUUGGCGGCUACAAGGGCAUUGUCCGCAAGACCACCAAACGCGGCCGUCCCAAGAAGCACAGGCCUGAGCUGGAGGACAGACAAGACAAAUCAGCCAAGACGCGUCAGAGAAUCGCCGAAAAGAUGACUUAUGACUCCUCCGCAUCUGACAUGUCCCGGAGCUCGCCGCCGUCCGAUUUCUUCGAGCACAUGAGCCUGCACGGUUCCAGCCCAUCUCAAGAGAUGCCAGUGUUCAGCAACCCCGACUAUUCGUUGCCUCCAGAUGUCUUCACCUUCACGCCUCCCGCAUCCCCUAGGGACAGCAUCGGUCACAAAUCCUCUCCCAGUCGAUUGCAGCGGUCUCUCACUCCCACCACGGAGGACGAGCUCCUUCCCCUGUCACCAUCCAAACAUGGCCUGGAGAAGAUCAGCGAGGAAGGCUUGCCUUUCCUGUCUGACAAGGGAGUGUGCCCAUACACCGAGGCGGCGAAUUCGACCGUGCAAGCCUUGUCUUCGCCCCACCCGGCACCUCCUCUGAGUGAUUCCAAUGGCUCCGAUCUUGAUAUCUUUAUCAACCAAGACACGACGACCUUUGGAAAGACCGAGUUCUCCGAUAUGACCGACUCUGGCAUGGCAACGUUCCCCGAUUACGUGAAUCCCACCUCGUUCGAUAGCGGACUGGACCUCUUCCCCGGAAAAGGCUUCUCGGCGGCUCCGCCCAUGGGCGAUGAUUUCUUUUCUUUCCAAUUCCAGGUCGACGACCAACCAUCGGACGUUAUGUCGCGGGAAUUCUUUAUGGACUAA